CCUUUCUUUUUUUUUUUCGCCUUCUCCUGGUUUCUUUCUCAGCUGCUUCAGAAAUAACCGGUGGAUCCAGUUUUCUUUCUUGUUAAUCUCCUUUGCUGGAGCGAUGACCUCCCUCUUGCUUUCCUGAAAGUACGUGACAUUCCUAACUUUCCCCGGCAGUGUUCCCCCGGCUCUGUCUGUGCCGUGUCACACCUUGCCGGCCGCUCUCCUGCUUUGCUCCCAUCACCCCGUCCCGGGGACCGCUCUGAGAACCCGCGCCCUCCACUCACCCUGGGACUUCCCUUCACAUUCACGCUCUACUCAUCCCUGGAGUGUCCUGCACCACCUCACCAUCAUUGUGCCAUCAGAUGUCAAUGGGACACCUUCACACCUGAGUUUCUGCCUUAAUAUUACACGGUAUUCAUUUGAUGGAGAUGAGCAAAAGCAGUCCUUGUGAAAGGGACCGUCAGUUUUCAAAAAGAUUUAUACAGACAGACGCCCCUGGAGUUCAUCAUCUAAAGGGAUGGAUCUCUGCGGGCGGCACAGGGACAUGUACAGAACAGACCAAGAAACCCAAAAAUCGCUGCGCUUUGACUAUGGAAACAGAGAGGCCCGAUGGAUACGUAACCGCAGGUGAUAAUCCGCUUGUGGCCGAGAGGGAACACUCCAACAUGGCCAUAGACCUGACCUCCUGCACCCCCAAUGGCCAGCAUUCCUCCCCUACGCACAUGGCAAGCACAAACUCAGUGAAGAUGGAGAUGCAGAGUGACGAGGAGAGUGAUAGGAAGCCCCUUCGAAGAGACACCCCAAUAAGGGUGCAAGAGGACGAGAGUGGCUUAGACGAGUCCCUGGCCGAAACCAAUGGGAUCUCCGACACACGUAUCAACCAGGAGCUGUCCCUUGAUGGAGGCAUACGGCUUCCGAAUGGUAAACUGAAAUGUGACGUCUGUGGCAUGGUUUGCAUUGGCCCCAAUGUGCUAAUGGUCCAUAAGAGGAGUCACACGGGCGAGCGCCCGUUUCACUGUAAUCAGUGUGGAGCAUCGUUCACCCAGAAGGGGAACCUUCUACGGCACAUAAAGCUACACUCCGGGGAGAAACCCUUCAAAUGUCCGUUCUGUAGCUACGCCUGUCGGAGGAGAGAUGCACUCACAGGCCACCUCCGAACACACUCUGUGGGGAAACCUCACAAGUGCAACUACUGUGGUCGCAGCUAUAAGCAGCGGAGCUCCCUAGAAGAGCAUAAGGAAAGAUGUCACAAUUAUUUGCAGAACGUUGGAAUGGAGGGCGGACAAGGCGGAGGUCAUCAUGCAUCUCCUAUGGACGAGUGUAAGAAUCCAGAGACCCUGAUGGAAAACAACAUGUCUCUGAUGCCCUUUGAGAGACCGGCUGCCAUAGAGAGAUUUACCAACGCCAUGGGGAAGCGUAAGAGCUCUACCCCACAGAAGUUUGUGGGUGAAAAGCUCAUGCGAUUUGGCUAUCCUGAUAUGCACUUUGAUAUGAGUCUGGCGUACGAAAAAGAAGCUGAGUUAGUACAGUCUCAGAUGAUGGACCAGGCUAUCAGCAACGCCAUCACCUACCUGGGAGCGGAUGCAUUGCGCCCACUGAUACAUCACUCCGCUUCUGCGCUGUCGGAAGUCCCCCCUGUCAUCAGUUCAGUUUAUUCUCAGGUCUACCAUCCAAACAGGGUGGAGAGACCCACCAGCAGGGAAACCUCAGACAGCAAUGAUAACAACAUGGAUGGCCCCAUCUCCCUAAUCAGACCAAAGAGUCACACCCAGGAAAGAGAGGCAUCUCCCAGCAACAGCUGCCUGGACACCACCGACUCGGAGAGCAGUCACGAGGAUCGUCAGUCCUAUCAAGGGAACAAUGCCUUAAACUCCAAGAGAAAGCCGAGUCCAGUGUAUCCAAAGGAGGAUGGCAAAGCACUCGAUGCCACAAAGGCCAACUUAGGCUCUUCCAAGGGGGUCUACAGAGUCUUCAACAGUGAAGGGGAGCAGGUUAGGGCCUUCAAAUGUGAGCACUGUCGAGUGCUGUUCCUAGACCAUGUCAUGUAUACCAUACACAUGGGCUGUCACGGGUACCGCGACCCACUGGAAUGCAACAUUUGUGGCCACCGGAGCCAGGACCGAUAUGAAUUUUCUUCGCACAUUGUCCGGGGUGAGCACCCCUUCCAAUAGCCUAGGACUGGAGAAAGCUCUUUUAAAGCUGACUUUACAUGAAGAAAUACUGCACUUACUCACCCACUUUCUCUCAGACAUUAGGUACUCCAAAAAGAGAUCAUUAAGAUGCAUUUUUUAAAAUUUACAUAUGUACCCAAUUUUUUGACGCAUCUGCAAGAAACUGUUCAGCCUCCGAUAAAUGCUGAAAAAAAAUGGAAAACCUUUAAAGACAUUUAUUUCCUAUUUGCGUGGCUGCAAAUUUCUAUUUUCCAUGAAAACGGUAGCACAGAACUAGUGCACUGCGAGUGGUUUCUGAGACGAUAAUAGAUUUUUUUUGUCAUUUCUGCUAAAUAAGGUAACGCCAGGUAACAACCAUACAACAUGAGGGAUCAAAGGACACAACAAUUAUGACCUAUCAUGUAAUAAUAAUUUGUUUGUGAAUUAGAAAUCCUAAUUCCUUGAAUGA